CUGCUGUCAAGUGAAACGGGUCGUUGUUUGGCAGUGGGUAUUGUCGUGUUUGUCGCUGUAAAUGUCUUAAUUUCCGUCAUAAAAUGAUAUCAUUUGUGGGAAUCGAUAAAUCUGCAAGUAAUUGAAUUUUUGCAAUGAAUUUAGCUUGUGAUUAGAGCGGUCUUGUGGGUGAAAAGGCUCUGUAAAUACGCGCGGGUACGUGUACUGUUGCGAUUGUCGGGUCGGCGGUGCGGACGUGAACGAGACAUUUGUGCGGCUAAGACAACGGAUAGUGAGUAAUAGGUGCAAGAAGUGACACGAAUUUUCCUCGAUGCAAACACCGAGCCGCAUACGCAAGUGGCGACUAAGUAUUGUGAAGUUUCUGUGAUUUGGAGGAUACGCGGAUAGGCUUGGUCCUGGCUGGCGUUUGCUGCAUGAAUGAAUGAACGUUAGCGGCCGAUCGACGCGAAAAUGGAUAAUUUAACCAGGAACGUUUCAGCUGUAGUGGAUUACGAUUAUAGUGCCAACGAGCCAGAUGAACUUGAUUUAGUCAAAGGUGCCAUAAUACAUAAUAUAAAAAUUCAGCCAGGAGGAUGGUGGGAAGGCACAUUGGCAUCAAACGGUAGAACUGGCAUGUUUCCUGAUAACUUUGUGCAUAUUAUAGACCCGGAUGAGAAAAGUCCCGUGGUGUUAAGAGACAAAUCAGCAACAGCGCAUCGAAGGUGUAAGGUUAUCUAUAGUUAUACGCAACAAAAUGAAGAUGAAUUAUCCCUUGCCGUUGGAAAUAUCAUUGAAGUGUUGGGAGAGGUGGAAGAAGGGUGGUGGCGAGGUAAACUUGGCGAAAAAGUCGGUGUAUUCCCAUCCAACUUCGUAGAAGCACUACCCGCGUCGCCUGUCCUAGCUAAUAAGAGACCAAAUUCAACGAAAAAAGAGAAUCGAAGUUUACAUAGCUCACGUGAAGAUCUGCUUAGCACAUCACCGUCUUUGAAUAUAAUUGAUAAUAAGGAUGCACCAGUCUUACCACCAAAACCCGUUAGAGAAUAUUGUCGCGUCUUAUAUCCUUACGAGCCACAAAAUGAGGAUGAAUUGGAGUUGCAAGUUGGCGAUGUUAUCACAGUUGUUAGCAAAGAAUUGCCUGAUAAAGGAUGGUGGCGAGGUGAAAUACGUGGAAAAAUUGGCGUUUUCCCGGAUAACUUCGUGAAGUUAAUUCCUCCCGAAGUUUCUCCAUCUAAGGAACCUCACAUUACGGAUAAGCCACCAGCUGCCGCAACUGCUAAAGUAUUCGUGAAAAAAUCUGGAAGUGGAUCCUCUUCACAAGGCUCUACACGAAAAGACAGUUUUGGUUCGCGAGAUUCCCUGAAUGAUAUAUUAAACGAAACAGGGAUUGUUUCGGGUAACGUUGCAGCUCAACGAAAGUCUUUAGAAAACAAGAACCUCGAUCUUACAAGUGGCAUGGCUGGCGGCGACGGAAAACUCCGAAGAAGUAUAGAAACAAAGCCAACAGAAAUCAGAAAAAGUUUAGAUAUCCCAGACGACAAGAAGACUCCUCCGCCUGUUUUAUCGAAAAAACCUGUGGUGCCAGUUAAAAAGUCGACGUCGGUGACCAGCGUAGCGGGAAGUUUGCUAUCAGGUUUGAAGCAGAAAGUGAAAAGUGUCGAACAUAAGGUGACUGCGCACGAUAGUUUGGAUGGAAUCGGAAGCAGCAAAUCUACUUCGCAAAUUGCAGAUAAUAAUGAAAGGGGUAUUAUAGGCGAGAAAUUGAAAAAGGGAGAUUUAGACUUUGAUCAUGUCGAGCGAGACUCUCUGCUGACAGAUAUGCGUGCAAAUCGAGUAAAGGCGCCAAGGCGAAGACCUCCUUCGGCUGCGAUCAAUGCAAUCGGAGAGAGUAACAACAACGAUUCAACUUACUUAAAUGGAAGCGGUACUUAUUCAGAUGUUAUGCAAUCGGAGUCCAGGGCUGAUUCGUUAGAAGAAGAACUGGUUAAACCAAAACCCCGGGAAUGGGGCAAAAUGAAGGCGCCUUGGAUGGAAGAGUUGAAAGCAAGUCAAGCCAAAAAGACUUCCCCGAGUGUUGAGCCUCGAGCCGGGGAUCGGUUAUCGAAGAUGGACGCGGACAGUUUGACCAAAACAUCUUCCGAGAAGUCGGAAAUGACGCGAUCUAUAACGAAUAGUUACUCUUCUUCCUCUUCAUCAGUAACGGCAACUCAACGUAAAGUAGAAAACGCGUCAUCACUGCUAUCCUCCAUGUUGUCGUCCUCGACGGAAAUGAAAUCAACAGCCAUUGAAACAAAUUCCAAGCGCGAACUGAACGACACUUCGAAACCCAUGUCGUCGUCCCUAAUAGCAACCACCAAAUCGCCUAAUGCGGCAAUUGAGAGCUCAACAGCGACCACUGCCCCAUCUGCAGGAAGUUUGUUGGAUGACAUGAAGUCACGACCAACUAGCCUUUCGAUUCUAAAUCGGAGCGUCUCUCCAAUCAGUAGUCGAACUGCAACAACUGCAACUACGAUAAGCGGCAAAACAAUGACAACAUCGACAGCAACAAUAUAUUCGAGUGUUACAACUGCUACUACAGAUAAUUCUGUAAAGCCACCGAAUAGUAUUGCUCCAGUUAAUGAGGAAAAUGUCUGCGAACGCGUCAUGGAACUGGAUGAACGCAUCCAGAAACUAGAAUCAAUUGUUCAAGCACAGAAUAAGAUAAUUGAUGAGCUAGUGCGUUCCCUCAAGGAGGAAACGGAUAAAGUGAAAGGCCUAAAAACUGAACUUGAUAAGUAUGCGCAGUGCGUAACGCAAGUUUGAAAUUGCGUCAUUAUGUGUUUUUUAUUACUAUUAUAAAUAUAUUUUUUACAAUAUUGUUAGUAUUAAAUACAAAUAAAAGAGAAAGAAAUGAAGCAAAGAAAACAUAUAAUUUUUAAAAGAUACCAACACUAAACAUAAAAAGAAAUCAUUCCGUAACUAUCGCUAUUAUUAUGGAUAUUUUAUAGUAAAAUAGACAGCAAGAGUGAAAUUAUCAAGCGAAUGAUGUUUUGUAACUACCAUAAAAUGUGUGGCAAUGCCAGCUGAAAGAUAAGGUGGAAGAGAUAUCCAUUGUUUGUAAAUAAAACUAAACACUUAAUUGCAGUAUUGUAAAAUA